CAGUGCUGCACGUAACAAAAGCAAGGGGAUGAAACAAGUCGAAAUAACCUAUAUCUAAAGGUCUGAAACACUCUUCCCUCCGACGCAGCACUGUCUAUCGGGUGGAACGGUUGCACACCGGGAACCAGACACCGUUAUAACACGGGAGAAAGCACGCGCCGAAAUUACAGUUUCAGCUCCUUGCUCUUCCACGCAUAGACACAGUGGGUCAAGGCAGUAUUUCAGAUCAGGUUUCACAUUUAGCUCAAGACCAGCUGGGAGAGAGCGAGUCAGUGGGUUUGCCUUUCCCCUAACCGUCUCUUGCUACGGCGAAAACAUAAGAGGAGUCAGCAAGGGGAGGAUCGGUGUGGACUCAGCAUAGAUCCGAAGGAAUUUCCGUGCGUAUUCUUGUAGUUUACAGGGGAGUAACGCGAGCGAAGCGGCGGUGAGAUACAGCAUUAAUUCGAGCGACAUGGACGAGCAGUCCCGGUUGAUGCACUCUCACGCGGGAGUAGGGAUGACAGGGCACCCCGGCCUGUCUCAGCACAUGCAGGAGGGCACCGGAGGAUCCGACGGUGACGGAAGAAAACAAGACAUUGGAGACAUUUUACAGCAAAUCAUGACCAUCACAGAUCAAAGUCUGGACGAAGCACAGGCCAGGAAACACGCAUUGAACUGUCACCGAAUGAAGCCAGCGCUCUUCAACGUCUUGUGCGAAAUAAAAGAAAAAACAGUGCUCAGUAUCCGCGGCGCCCAAGAGGAGGAGCCUCCAGAUGCUCAGCUCAUGCGAUUGGAUAACAUGCUGCUGGCCGAGGGUGUGUCCGGCCCGGAGAAGGGCGGCGGCUCGGCCGCGGCGGCCGCGGCCGCGGCAGCUUCGGGUGGGGCCGGCGCGGACAACUCCGCUGAGCACUCGGACUACCGGGCCAAGCUCUCGCAGAUCCGGCAGAUCUACCACACGGAGCUGGAGAAGUACGAACAGAUGGUAUCCGGCUGGAGAGGCAGUUACGCAGGGAGUCAUGGCAAGACAAACCAGGCAUGUAACGAGUUCACCACCCACGUGAUGAACCUGCUGCGGGAGCAGUCUCGUACGCGGCCCAUCUCGCCCAAAGAGAUCGAGCGCAUGGUGAGCAUCAUCCACCGCAAGUUCAGCUCCAUCCAGAUGCAGCUCAAACAGAGCACCUGUGAGGCCGUCAUGAUCCUGCGCUCGCGCUUCCUGGAUGCCAGACGGAAAAGACGGAACUUCAACAAGCAGGCCACAGAGAUCCUGAACGAGUACUUCUACUCCCACCUGAGCAAUCCGUACCCCAGCGAGGAGGCCAAGGAGGAGCUGGCCAAGAAGUGCCAAAUCACAGUCUCACAGGUUUCCAACUGGUUCGGAAACAAGAGAAUCCGGUAUAAGAAAAACAUCGGGAAGUUCCAAGAAGAGGCCAACAUGUACGCAGCCAGAACUGCCGUGAACGCAGCCAGCGUCUCUGCACAGGGAAGCCAAGCCAACUCGCCCUCAACCCCCAACUCCGCAGGUUCUGCUGGCUCUUUUAACAUGUCAAACUCCGGGGACUUGUUUAUGAGUGUGCAGUCUCUCAAUGGGGACUCGUACCAGGGGGCUCAGGUGGGAGCCAACGUGCAGUCGCAGGUGGAUACCCUUCGCCAUGUUAUCAGCCAGACAGGCGGAUACAAUGACGGACUCACAGCGAACCAGAUGUACAGUCCGCAGGGCAUCAAUGCUAAUGGCGGAUGGCAGGACGCCACAACUCCCUCGUCAGUGACUUCGCCCACAGAAGGACCUGGAAGCGUCCACUCCGACACAUCCAAUUGAUCCUCAUCGUCUGCCAUUGUCCCCCCCCCCCCCCCCCACACACACACACACACACACACACACACACACACACACAGACAGACAGACAGACAGACACACACAC